AUGAGUACCGACAACGCUGGCGUUCGCUUCUGGCGCAAACAGAAGCUUGGUUCGCGUGACUUCACUCUUCGCGAAGCCAGAGAAACAGGCGACGGCGAUGGCGAGGGAGAUGGUAGCAUUCGCCAAGGUACCUCAACCGAGUACCGUACGUACAAACGACGCUGGUUUGGUCUCGCUCAGCUUACACUGAUGAACAUCAUUGUGUCUUGGGAUUGGAUGACAUUUGCACCAGUAGCAUCACACGCUGCCGAGUACUACAAUGUCCGCGAAUCGACAAUCAACUGGAUCAGUACUGCCUUCUUUCUCGCAUUCGUAGCCGUUUUCCCAAUCAGCAUUGCCAUUCUUCACCGAGGCCCCAAGCUGGCCUUUAUGACAUCUGCUGUUCUCAUUCUCAUCGGCAACUGGAUUCGAUAUGCCGGUUCUACCAAAGCUAGCGGUGGAAACAUCGCUUGUGCCAUGGUUGGAGAGAUUGUCAUUGGCUUUGCCCAGCCGUUUAUCCUUGCGGCUCCAACUCGAUACUCGGAUAUGUGGUUCACUAACCGUGGCCGCGUUGCCGCAACAGCCCUCACGAGUCUGGCAAACCCAUUUGGCGCAGCAAUCGGGCAGCUCAUUACACCAUUCAUGGUGAAGCAAUCUAGCGAUGUUUCAAGCAUGGUCCUCUACAUCUCCAUCAUCUCAACUGUCUUCGCCCUUCCGGCUUUCCUGGUACCUGCCAGCCCUCCUACGCCGGUUGGUCCUGCUUCUGAGACCCCUAAACUCAGUCUCCGCGAGUCCAUCAGCGUUCUGGGUCGCUCUCUAGAAAUCUGGUUGAUUCUCAUUCCGUUCGGCGUCUAUGUUGGCUUCUUCAACUCAAUCUCUUCUCUCCUCAAUCAGAUGCUCACACCCUACGGCAUUAGUGAUGACGAGGCUGGUAUUGGUGGUGCAGUUUUGAUUGUUGUUGGUCUUGUUGCAUCCGCAAUAUCUUCUCCGAUCAUCGAUCGCACAAAGAGCUUCCUUCUGACACUCAAGAUUCUCGUACCUCUGGUUGGUAUCAGCUACUUGAUGUUUGUUUGGAUGCCGGAAACCAGGGACGUGGCCGGCCCUUACGUGGUACUCGCGAUCUUGGGCGCAUCGUCCUUUUCGCUUGUCCCUGUUGCACUCGAGUUCCUCAUCGAACUGAGCCAUCCACUCAGCCCCGAGGUUACUUCAACUGUGGCAUGGGCUAUGGGUCAGCUCUUUGGCGCUAUAUUCAUCAUCAUCAGUGAUGCGCUUGCAGCAGGCAAAGAUGCCAGUCCCCCGAAGCACAUGAAGAACGCAUUGGUGUUCCAGGCGGUACUGGCUCUUGCAGUAGUACCUCUCCCCUUGUGCCUGGGACUUUUUGGCCGGGAGCACAAGACGGCACUACGUCGCAUCCGUUCUGAUGAAGAGAAUCGAUCCAACACUACCGUGGCCACCAACCCAUGA